GUUAUAUAAAGCAUAAGGGCUUCUUGCCCCUUACUAAUAAUUUCUUCGAUAUCUUCUUCUUCUUCUUGUCUGAAUAAUAAUAUCUAGAGAGAGAGAGGAGAGAGAGAGAGAGGAUAUAUAUAUAUGGCGGGGGCUAUCAGUCUUGAAGAGAUCAAGAACGAGACUGUUGAUCUUGAAAAGGUUCCGAUCGAGGAGGUUUUCCAGCAGCUGAAAUGCACUCGCGAGGGAUUGAGUUCCGACGAAGGAGCCAACAGGCUUCAGAUCUUCGGCCCCAACAGACUGGAAGAGAAAAAGGUCCUUCUUUCUGCUCCCGAUCUUCAUUUGAUUAUACAUAUAUUCUGAUCGAUGUUUGUUUGCAAUUGGAUGAUUUGAGCGUUUUCUUUCAGGAAAGCAAAAUACUGAAAUUCCUAGGGUUUAUGUGGAAUCCACUGUCCUGGGUGAUGGAAGCUGCCGCGAUUAUGGCAAUUGCGCUGGCCAACGGCGGCGGAAAGCCGCCGGACUGGCAGGACUUCGUCGGCAUUGUUUGCUUGCUGGUUAUCAACUCCACCAUCAGUUUUAUUGAAGAGAACAAUGCUGGUAACGCUGCUGCUGCUCUCAUGGCUGGUCUUGCUCCUAAAACUAAGGUCCUCAGAAGCGGAAACUGGAGCGAACAAGAAGCUGCAAUUCUGGUUCCCGGAGACAUAAUAAGUAUUAAGCUCGGGGACAUCAUUCCGGCCGAUGCUCGUCUUCUCGAAGGAGAUCCGUUGAAGGUGGAUCAAUCUGCACUCACCGGAGAGUCGCUUCCGGUGACCAAAAACCCCUACGAUGAGGUAUUCUCCGGUUCAACUUGCAAACAAGGGGAGAUAGAGGCGGUUGUGAUCGCCACGGGCGUCCACACUUUCUUUGGAAAAGCAGCACAUCUUGUGGACAGCACAAAUCAGGUCGGGCACUUCCAGAAAGUGCUCACUGCCAUCGGGAACUUCUGCAUCUGCUCCAUUGCGGUCGGGAUGCUGGCCGAGAUCAUUGUGAUGUAUCCAAUUCAGCACAGGAAAUACAGGCAGGGCAUCGACAAUCUCCUUGUUCUCUUAAUAGGAGGCAUUCCUAUUGCCAUGCCAACUGUUUUGUCGGUGACCAUGGCAAUUGGAUCGCACAAGCUAUCGCAGCAAGGCGCCAUCACCAAGAGAAUGACUGCCAUAGAGGAAAUGGCGGGCAUGGAUGUUCUGUGCAGUGAUAAGACUGGAACUUUGACGCUCAACAAGUUAACGGUCGAUAAAGCCUUGAUUGAGGUCUUUGCAAAGGGCAUCGAUAAGGACCACGUGCUGCUUCUUGCUGCAAGAGCCUCCAGAACUGAAAAUCAAGAUGCCAUUGAUGCUGCCAUUGUGGGCACCCUUGCUGAUCCUAAAGAGGCUAGAGCAGGUAUUAGAGAGGUGCAUUUCUUCCCAUUCAAUCCUGUGGACAAGAGGACCGCUUUAACGUACAUUGAUUCCGAUGGGAACUGGCAUCGAGCCAGCAAGGGAGCCCCUGAACAGAUCUUGACUCUCUGCAACUGCAAGGAAGAUUUCAAGAGAAAAGUUCAUUCUGUCAUCGACAAAUUUGCUGAGCGCGGGCUCCGGUCAUUAGCAGUUGGAAGACAGGAAGUGCCGGAGAAAUCUAAGGAGAGCCCUGGAGGUCCAUGGCAGUUUGUUGGACUCUUGUCACUCUUUGAUCCUCCGAGACAUGAUAGUGGAGAAACCAUCCGCAGGGCGCUCAAUCUUGGUGUGAAUGUCAAAAUGAUAACCGGUGAUCAACUUGCCAUUGCUAAGGAGACCGGGCGUAGACUUGGGAUGGGGGUGAAUAUGUACCCAUCUGCUUCUUUACUCGGCCAACACAAAGAUGAGUCUAUAGCUGGCCUCCCUGUCGAAGAAUUGAUCGAGAAGGCAGAUGGUUUCGCAGGGGUCUUCCCAGAGCACAAAUACGAAAUCGUGAAGAAGCUGCAGGAGAGAAAGCACAUUGUUGGGAUGACGGGCGAUGGAGUUAACGAUGCUCCUGCUCUGAAGAAGGCCGACAUUGGUAUUGCAGUUGCUGAUGCUACAGAUGCUGCAAGAAGCGCUUCUGACAUUGUUCUAACCGAGCCUGGUCUUAGCGUCAUUAUCAGCGCAGUCCUGACGAGCCGAGCCAUUUUCCAAAGAAUGAAGAAUUAUACAAUAUACGCCGUCUCCAUCACCAUCCGUAUUGUGUUAGGCUUCAUGCUUAUUGCCUUGAUCUGGAAGUUCGACUUCUCUCCAUUCAUGGUUUUGAUCAUCGCCAUCCUCAAUGAUGGUACCAUUAUGACCAUAUCAAAGGACAGGGUGAAGCCAUCUCCAUUGCCUGAUAGCUGGAAGUUGAAAGAGAUUUUUGCGACUGGCGUAGUAAUCGGAACCUAUCUUGCAGUGAUGACUGUUAUAUUCUUCUGGUUGAUGCACAAAACAAACUUCUUUCCGGAUAAAUUUGGAGUGAGAAACAUCAGAGACAGUGAGGAGGAAAUGAUGGCUGCUCUAUACUUGCAAGUGAGCAUCAUCAGCCAGGCCCUUAUCUUCGUGACGAGGUCCCGGAGCUGGUCGUAUGCGGAACGCCCUGGAAUGCUGCUCAUGACUGCUUUUCUCAUUGCUCAACUGGUUGCCACACUGAUUGCUGUGUAUGCCAACUGGGGGUUUGCAAGAAUCAAGGGAUGCGGAUGGGGAUGGGCGGGGUUGAUCUGGCUAUACAACAUCGUCUUCUACGUCCCCCUGGAUCCCAUCAAAUUCGCCACACGCUACAUCUUGAGUGGAAAGGCCUGGCAGAAUCUGUAUGACAACAAGACUGCUUUCACAACCAAGAAAGAUUUCGGGAGAGAGGAAAGGGAAGCGCAAUGGGCUCAUGCACAGAGGACCCUCCAUGGCCUCAAAACACCAGAAGCAAGCAAUAUCUUCAGCGAGAAGAGCAACUAUAGGGAACUCUCCGAAAUAGCUGAACAGGCCAAGAGACGAGCUGAGAUUGCCAGGCUCCGGGAGCUGCAUACCCUCAAAGGUCACGUCGAGUCUGUCGUCAAGCUUAAAGGCCUCGACAUCGACGCAAUCCAGCAGCAUUACACUGUCUGAAUCCUGUUGGCCUCUGGAACUGGAACCCUAAACCCUAAGCUACUCUCUAUUCUAUUUAUAUGAGAUGAGACAUACAGCAGGAGGAGAGCACUGAGCAGGGAAGGGAAGGGACGGGAAGGGAAGAGCCCUUUUCCUUUCUUUCUUUCUUUUUUUUUCUUUUUUUUUUUUUGGGUGUCUUUUUGUGUUCUCAUCAUGCCGAUGUAUCAUCGUUAAAGAAAAAUUGGGGAAUCUGACGACGUCGUCUGGCUACUUAUUGAUAAAAGAUAUCUUUGGGUUGUAGUAAAGUAAUGUCUA